AUGGAGGCAAUGCCGGCGUUCGCUCCGCCGCCGCCCCCGCCGCCGUCGCAGCUGAUGGUGCCGGUGGUGGGGUACGGCGGGGGAGGCGCCGGGGAUGGGACGACGACAGCGGUGAGGGGGUCUUACGGCCCCGUGAUCGCAAUGCUGGCCGUGCUGGCCGUGCUGGCGGCGGUGGCCGUAGCCGUCGGGAGACUCUGCUUCGGCCGCCGCGUGCUCGGCCAGGCCGCCGGCGGUGACCGCCACGACCUGGAGGCCUGGGUGGAGCGUACGUGCGGCCCGUGCGUCGGCGCCAGCGUCUUCUCCUCCGCCGGUGGUCCUGCAAAGGAGGAAGACGGCGGAGUCGCGGAUGCAGCCUCAGCCGCACCGGCGGAACCGCCGCCGCCGGAAGCAACAGAGCGAGAAGACGACAGUGGCAUUGUUAGCAGUUGGUCCUGA